ACUGCUACAUACGACCAUAGACUGAGGAAAACUGGGCAUCCCGUCCGCUCUGCCAUACAUAAGUCUCAGAUCGGCAGAUUAGUAGUUGGGUGGGUGACCACCAGCGAAUACCUGCUGUUGUAUGUCCUUUUCUUUUUGGAUAAGUUUUGCAUCAUUUUGGCGAAUUUUGUGGGGUGGCGCCGAAAAAAAUUAAGCGAUUUUGGAAAGGGGCUCGCCCCACCUUCAACGAACGACUAUGUUUUCGAAUCGAGCAUGUUGGUUGGGUCUUGUGGAAAUAUUUUGGUAACUAUGGGAAAGGAGAAGCAUGUGGCCGCAAUUUGUCCAAACAAUUUGUGACUUGGUAAUCUUUGGCAUCAAUUUUGUUUCAAAGGCUUGCUUGGCAAUGCUGGGAUAAACAUGGACGAGAUUCUCAAUUGAUAUUGCUUUUCGAAGCCUCCAUUUCUCUUUGAUGCGAGCCCUACCUGCAGAGUGAAGGCG